UUAACUUUAUCUAAUCAUGUCUGUCCUCGAACAACUCAAGAAAUUCACUACUAUUGUUGCUGACUCUGGUGACUUCGAAUCCAUUGCCCAAUACAAGCCUCAAGAUGCUACUACCAACCCUUCUUUAAUCUUGGCUGCUGCUCAAAAGCCCCAAUAUGCUCAUCUUAUUGAUGAAGCCAUCAAGUACGCCAAGGCUAAGGGAGUUUCUGAAGCCGAGACUCUUGAAUUGGCUAUUGAUAAGCUCCUGGUCAACUUUGGUUCUGAAAUCCUCAAGAUCGUUCCUGGUCGCGUUUCUACUGAAGUUGAUGCUCGUCUCUCCUUCAACACUGAGGCUACUGUUGCCAAAGCCCUUACUCUCAUCAAGUUGUACGAAGAAGUUGGUGUCAACAAGGACCGUAUCUUGAUCAAGAUUGCUUCCACCUGGGAAGGUAUCCAAGCUGCUCACAUUCUCGAAACCCAACACGGUAUCCACUGUAACUUGACCUUGUUGUUCGGUUUCGCCCAAGCUGUUGCUUGCGCUGAAGCUGGUGUCACUCUUAUUUCUCCUUUCGUCGGUCGUAUCCUCGAUUGGUUCAAGAAGAGCACUGGUGAAGAAUACACUAGCAGCAGCGAUCCUGGUGUUGCUUCUGUCACCAAGAUUUACAACUACUACAAAAAAUUCGGCUACAACACUAUUGUUAUGGGUGCUUCUUUCCGUAACACUGGUGAAAUCGAAGAAUUGGCCGGUUGUGAUUUCUUGACCAUCUCUCCUGCCCUUUUGAAGUCUCUGCAAGACGACAACAAGACUUUGGAACGCAAGUUGAGCCCUGAAAACGCAAAGACCACUGAUCUUGAAAAGGUCACUUUCUUCAAGGAUGAAAAGGCUUUCCGUUGGGAAAUGAACCAAGAUGCUAUGGCUACUGAAAAGUUGUCAGAAGGUAUCCGUAACUUUGCUAAGGAUGGUGUCAAGCUUGAAGACAUGUUGAAGGAAAAGCUUGCUUUGUAAAUACUAUAUCCCUUUUAAAUUUCUAAUAAUAAAAGACUCAGUCUUUGUUACAAUUA